GUCUCCCGCUUGCAGUUUGCACCUAACGUCAAAAUGGUAACCUGGACCAAAGAAGAGGAAAACAUCGACGUUCAUUUCGGCUUCGAAGUUGACAAGGGCUACUUCAUCAUUGUUUACGACAUGCGUCUCGCAGCGUAUCUUCCUGACGGAUCCGAAUUCGAUGAUGUCCGUUUUGCCGUAUGCGCGGACGGCACUGGGGCUUAUUUCACGGCUUACACUGGCACAUGCAGACAGGGAAGAUGUGUCAGUGUUGAUACGAUGCGGAAACUCUGGAAGGCCUAUGGCGUCUACGAGGAGGGUUUGCGUGGGCUGUCAAUGGGCGGCGUUCGUGAUCUGGAGGAUCUUCAUGGGAUUGUUGAUCGUAUGUGAUGGGUUGUGGAAUUUGAGAAAUGAAGGGGGCUUUCUAAGACUGAAGU